AUGCCUAGAUCUGUUGGAUCAAAGAAAGAAUUCCAAGCAUAUUUUAAGGAUUUUGUCAAACGUAUAGAAGAGAACAAGAAGGAGAAUGAUGCUAAAUGUGAUGUUGACGCAUGGCGGAAAGAAAUUCAAAACACAUUCAAGAUAGUUUGUGCAAAUUUCGACUACGAGUUUUUCACAGGAUCUUCUAGUAAUCCUGAUGGAAGCAUUGCCUUAGUCAGAUGGGAAGCCCCAGCUGGUGAAACAGAUGAAAUACCCUUUGUGUAUUUCUUUGCUGAUGGUGUUAAAGAAGAGAAAGUUGAACAGUAGUCAACCAAGAGCAUGCUCAUGAU